ACGACACGCGCAGAUUGAACAGACGCAGCUCGCGGCCAUCCCCAGCUCUACGGAUUCCCGCCACGUGUAGACGUGGACGAGGCUCCAGAGGAGACGUUUUGUGUUUGUGUGGACGAGGCUCGGUUUCCCGGCGGAAACACUAUGAAGACACAGUGACGACAAGGCCAGCGUUUAACCCGAGGUGAGCCCCUCGCCACCAUUAUCAGGCUCCGCAUCACGUUAGCUCGUUUCACCAGAACCUCCUACGUCAGGAUGAAGGAAGGAACAGACGCUCCUCAGGAUCGGGGCUGCCUGGUGGGGAUCAGUUUCUUCAUUUUGGGCCUGGGAACACUGUUGCCAUGGAACUUCUUCAUGACUGCUUCAUUGUAUUUCCAAGGUCGUCUAAACACAACAGAAUGGAGCAACGGCACAGCGGUGAUCCAGAAAGAUUACUACUUCAACAACUGGAUGACCCUGCUGUCCCAGCUGCCCCUGCUGCUGUUCACCCUGCUCAACUCGGUCCUCUACCACAGGAUAUCGGAGGCGAUGCGUAUCGCAGGCAGCCUCGUUUUUAUCCUGCUGCUCUUCAUCCUCACCGCAGUGCUGGUCAAAGUGCCCAUGGAGGCAGACCGCUUCUUCUCAGUAACCAUGGCUACUAUCUGGUUCAUAAACUCGUUCGGUGCCGUGCUGCAGGGCAGUCUGUUUGGCCUGGUGGGUCUGCUGCCUCAGAAGUACAGCACCGUCUUCAUGAGCGGACAGGGCCUUGCGGGGACCUUCGCCGCCAUCGCCAUGCUGCUAGCCAUAGCCAGUGAUGCAGACUCUGAGUCAGCAGCGUUGGGUUACUUCUUUACACCAUGCCUGGGAACAGUGGUCACACUCUUAAGCUACCUGCUUCUACCUCGACUGGAGUUUGCCCAAUAUUAUCUGAAGAAAAGCAGCAAGUAUGAGGCAGGCGCCACAGACGAACUACUGAAAGAGAACAGCACAGUGGAGAACAAGAAGCUGAACGGCCAUGCUAAUGGAUCGGUGAGCAGCAGCGAACAAGCCGAGACAAAGGUGGACCCCAGCCCGGAGGACAAUAAGCAGGCCUUCCUGUCACUGGAGCAGGUGGAGAAGUCACAGGCAAAAGCCUCCGUCAUAGAGGUGUUCAAAAAGAUCUGGGUGAUGGCCUUCUGUGUGACGUUUGUGUUCACAGUCACUCUGUCUGUCUUCCCUGCUGUCACUGCAGAUGUCAGAACAUCAUUCCCAGGAAAAUGGGACCGCUUCUUUCUGUCAGUGUGCUGCUUCUUAAUGUUCAACGUCAACGACUGGCUUGGCCGCACCAUCACCACCAUCAUACGCUGGCCUCGCAAAGAGUCUCCUCUGUUCCCGGCGCUGGUCGUCUCCAGGGUGGUGUUCAUCCCUCUGCUGAUGCUCUGCAACGUCCAGACUCGCUCCUUCCUUCCCGUCUACUUCUCCCAUGACGCUGCUUUCGCUGUCAUCAUGGCUCUCUUCUCCCUGUCCAGUGGCUACUUCGUCUGCCUCUCCAUGUCCUACGCACCACAGUUAGUGGAGCUGAAGGACGCAGAGACUGCAGGAGCCCUGAUGACCUUCUUUCUGGCCCUGGGUCUGUCUUUAGGAGCGGGCUUGUCCUUCCCGCUGAGGGCGCUGGUGUAAACACACACAGGAGAAAAUUAGAUUAAUGGACCUUUACUUUUUUUUCAUCCGAGCACCCCAAGUGACACUUUAAAAAGACAACACACACACGCACUCAGUUCAUGAAGUGGCUUUGGUCAAAAAUGGCAAGAUUCCCUUCAGAUGUAGGAAUAAGGGAAAUGUUGCAUAGUCCUGAUAACUGCUUAUUAUGUUGCCUGAAGAAAGCAUUUAGAGAAGAUUACCUCUUUGUUCGUUUCCCAUAGGAUUGUUUUGAUUGUGUUACUGCGUUAUUUGGUUUACAGUUUGUGUGUGUAGAUUGACUUUUUGAUUUGUUUAGGGCAUUUAACACUGCUGAUGUGUAGAAAAGGGAAUCCUUAGAGAUGCAGGUUUAAAUGAAUUUCAAUGUGCUGCAAUCAAUAGGAUUUAUGUAUCGUCUGUGUUCUUGUUGCCACAGUUGAUCUGUGUUUACACUCUAGUUUGUUUGGCUUUUGAUAAGAGCUAGCUUCUUAUAAUUUGACUGAUGGCUUGAACAAUUACAGCAAGUCUAUCUACCAUGUGUUUAAAACAUUAGCUAUUUUUGAUGAUGGCAACUUUCUAGGAUUAUUUUGUUUUAUAAUGAACUAGCACGAUGCUGCAGAUGUAGAACAAACUGUUCGUUUAAAUGUCAUGUAAUUUACCGAUGGAAGGUUAAUGAGCUGCCGCAUGGACAUGGAUGGAUCGGGAACGAGCCAAAGGGAGAAUCCAUACAGGCUCAUGGGGCCCUGUGGCAGUGGCAAUGCCAGUUUUUCUUCUCCUCGACAAACCUUCCCUCUCCAGCAUUUAGGUCACUGCUGCCAUCUACUGGUCAGAAUUCCCUCUUUCUUUUUGAUUUGAACCUAAAAACCUCUGAAUAAAACCUGAGAGACUGAUGUGCUGUGACAUCACAGGUUACGACUGACUGACAGGAAACGGCAUCAGGUGGUGGUUAGUUGUAUUUCCAGGUUUCAGGUGAACAGGUUGAGUGAGCGGAGCAGCAUUCUUCUGCUGACGGAGUAAAACAUGUCGCGGCUCCAACAUGUAGUUUUAAUUUAAAGUGAGUUUUUAAAACGGAUGCUCGUCCUGAGGACUAUCGGGCAGCUAAAGCUUUCUCAUUUAACGUACCAGUGUGUGAUGAUUUUUGUUAUUAGUAAGAACACAAACAAUGAUAUAAUUUGGGAAUAUUAGUCAUUGUAGAAAAUAAGAAACAAACAUAGAAUUUUGUAUGGAUAUUUAUAUUGGCCACAUAGUGUUGUUUUUUUUUAUGUUGCUACCAAUGUGCUCUGCUCCAGUCACAAAUCUCAGUUUUUCUAUUUUUUAUUUGUAGUGCACAGACAUCUUCAUGUAUUGAAUUUAACUUGCGGUACUUUGCAGGUUUUGUAUCACAAUGUGUAUGGAUGGAAAAGUGUUUAAUAAGCCUUUAUUUUUAUUAUUAUGCAAGUGUGCGUCUUUUUACUCUGCUGACAGUAAAUGAGUGGUUGUUACAGUGUGAGGUGUCAUGUACAUGUUGAGGAAAAAAAACAUUUGCUGCUUCUCCGAAAUGAACCAAGGGCUGACUCCUAACGGACAAUUUAACAUGGAUUGGAUUUUUAUUUGAUAUUUGUAUUUUAUGUAUUUGUUUUAGAGUGUGACUUGACACAACAUGAAAUGGACAAAUACAUCAAGCAGUUGUCAAGGCACAACAGAGUAUUGAGUCCUGUUGAGGACAAACUAUUCUUACAUUUCAAAAUAAAGUCACAACAUUACAAGAAAAAAGUUGUAAUUUGACGUAAAAAAAAGUCGUAAUUGAUUGUCUUCUCAAUUAUCACCUUAGUCUCGUAAUAUUACGACUUUAUUCUCACAAUCUCUGAAUCCUUCUUCCUUAACAUGGCAACCAUUUAUUGUAAUAGUUAACAAAAUGCCUUGAAUCCUCUGCCAAUCCCAGAUUUAAAAUAUAGUGGAUGCCAACUGAACAUGAUCUCUGUUCAUGUUCUAUGUGAUGCUCUAAAUGUUUGAUUCCAUGUUGAUAACAAAACAAAUUGUUUUUAGGUUUUGUUUACUCCGUUUUUCCUUUGUACUUGCUCAAGUGGUGUUUUCUAGAAUGAUGACACAUGGGGCCGCUCUCGGGCUUUGGACGCUCUGUAGCUGCCGCUCUGUCACAUUCAGCCUUAACGAUAAAACAAGAAGGUCAACGUUGUGUUUGCAACAGUUUUAUAUCGUCCGUUUUCUCAGUCAAUGUAUUUAAUUCAACAACACAAAAAUCCACCUGUUGUGUUUUCUCCGAUCUAGUACGACCAUAACGUUACCUGCUGUUCACCCGUACAGAUUAUGACAGCAAAGGGAAUCCAUGCAUGUUCAUUAUGUAUGUGUAUAGAUUUGGCUGUGAAUAAAUGGAUGGUUCCAA